UUGAGUAGGAUUGCCUAAUCUUGAUAAACUUGGUCAAUCCCUACCUACUUGUAUCUCCUCGAGUAAGUCUAGGCCUUGUCGGCUGGGGCUCAAGCCUAAUCUCCGCUUGUUUGUUCUUCAACCGGUCCCUGGUUGUUACUCCCGCCUCACAUAUACCGCACGGAUGCCCCGUACCGGGUUGACAUUCUAAUUAACUGCUAAUUUCAAUCCACGAUCAACAUCCUUAAUGGAACGCGUGGCCGGUGAGGGACAGGGAAUGCUGGAUUGUAACGUAAAGGAAGAGCAAUCACAUCGUGGCUCGGCAUGCGACAUUGGGGUAUACAUAAUGGAGGGCGAAGGCGUCGACUAGCUGCAUUUCCCCGCUCAGAAUCUCUCGAGUAAUUCGUCUUAUCACGGUUUCGCUGUCUGUCAUCAUGCUUCUCGGAUUCGUAUGGCUUUCUGCUUCGAUCAUUUUGAGCGCUGUAGGUGUGAGGGGUCACCGAAUCAGACGCCAGGACCAGAAUCAAUGCCCACCAUUCAAUAACGGCACCAUCGUCAUCGAUUCGUACCAACUCUAUCCUGAAAAUGCAGAUUUCGAUCUCAACCAAUGUCUAUUAUACUUUGGAGCUCUCUUCAACGCAUCGGUAGUUGUGUAUGAUCCGUAUAGAGCUGAGACAGUCUCAACUAUCGAGCUUCCGGGCAUUACGCGUACUAAGCCAUUUCAUGUUGGAGGCGUCGCAUGGGAUCCAUACACAAAUCUUAUCACUAUUUUGGCUGACUCCUCAAUUCCCCACGAAACAGACGACCACGAGAUCUUGGGCGACGAUUUUUUAAUACGCUAUGACCCAGCUAAAAAUGAAAUUGUAUGGUCUCUUAACCUUACAGAGGUAAGUCAGGGGCAAUACGGUGGAAAUCAAGAUGUCGAGCACGACUCCCAUGGACAUAUCUACGUGCUAGGAACCUAUCCAGGUAGCAUCCUGCGAGCCGAAGCCGACGGCAGCAGCAUCAAACCGUGGUACCUACCCGACGUUAUCGACCAUACAAACUACGGUAUUACCGGAUUUGCAGCGACCGGGGAUAUCCUCCUUGCUAGUGACGGCAAGAAUAAUAGCGGGAGCGGCGAGAUCUACCGGUUCAACAUGACGGCAGACAAGGGCACGCCCGUACUCGUUCCUAAGGUCCCUGAUGAGGCCAUAAUGUCACUGGACGCCGUAUACUUGCCACCGAAAUACGGCGGGAAAGUGCUACUGGUUUCGGAGCAUGAUAGGGGCGUUUCAGUACUCAGGUCUGCGGAUGGCAAAUGGGAAUCGGCCGAAUAUCUGGGUCGCAUCACAGAUGACCCAAAUUUUGCCGACGGCGGCUUCAAUACUGCGACGGUAGAAGUAUCCGGGAGCAUCUAUGCGGUCGAUGAGUGGUUUUCUGACCCAAUCGUCGCUGGUACAUCAGCUGGGAAUAGGACGAAGUUCCCGCUUGUGGACAUUACAUCUCAGGUCGAAGCGCUACUAGGAUGAUGGGGGUGGAAUCAAGCGUAAAGAAAUCCAACCCCUGUUUUAACUACCGAUCGAACGUGUAUUCCUCCGGUCUUGGAGCAGUUGACUUUGUGUGCUAAUUAUUCUCGUUACUUAUACUCAAAGAAACCGUACGUAUGUCUUCAGCGACCCUACAGCGCCCUACCAAAUUCUUGUCAGAGCCCGAUAUAUAAUUCCGAAAACCUAUUUCUACGUUAGAAAGCCCCAUAAUGAACAGCGAAGCGACCCAUCCAUAAAUUGAGUCCCUAGUUCGGGGGCAAUUAGACCUUGUACCCUAGCGUAGGACCCUUGACAAGUGACCCUUUGUCAUAGCUACAACCUGGUAAUAUUUGGGCCUACAAGUAAAUCGAGAAUGUCUAUGCAUUGCAUGGACCCUUAUUAUUGGAGAAAGGUCCAA